CCAGGUGAGGUGGGGUGGGAGUUUAUCAGCUGUUAUUUAAUGGUAAAACCUGUGUGCUAAAUGUAGGCAGUCAAAAUUAAGAAAACACAUUCAAAUGUAAAAGUACAAUUUUUUAUUAGAAGUCAGCAAUAACUGCCACUCACAGUAGUUAGUGUGUAAUCCCCACAAACAUUUAUCAAGACUGCAGAGGUGAGGGGUUAAGGGGAGGUGCAUUUUCGCUUAUUAAACCCCAACAGCCAAAGCUGAAGCAGAGAUGUUUUUGAAGGUGAACUGGGUUAAUCAAAGGCAUGACCCAUGGAGAUUCUGAUCGACUUUUUCUCUACUGUUUACUAGAUGUUAAUUAAAUCACAAAUGACAACAGUCUAAUAGCAAAAUGCAUGCAUUUCUACAGAGUCCACAUGAUUUCUUGGACAAAGAUAGACAAAGUUCCACAUGCUGGGUAAUGGUCACUGAGGGCAUCAAGCUUUGUGAUCCUCUUUUUCAGGGAUACAGAAAAACAGCAAAUGCAAAUCAUGGAUGAAAUUUAUAAGAUCACUUCCACAGAAAGGGUCCAGCUGUUGGAGAAAAAACUGGCUGUGCAACUGACUGAACUAAAGUCUGAGAUAGAAGAGCAGGGAGCUCUUCAGGGAACAACUAAUCGAGUUUACAGCUCUGUUAAAACGCCAAAGGAUAUUUAUUACUUUAGAAGAGAGAGGGAACUGGCACUGAAGAAAACCUUACAGGUGGCCGAGUCGAAGUCCUUUGUUGUUCAGGCGGACAUCAUGCAGAGGGAGCUAGAGAGCUGCCUAAGAAGGGAGUACACCCCUGAAAAUUUACCUUUGCUUCUGUUGCAGUAUUACACAGAAAGAAUUACCCAGCUGGCCCAGAGUAAAUAUUUACACAUGCUUAGGUGGAAGAGGUUUUGCCAACACAGUAAGAUCAUGGAGCAACUUUAUCCUCUUUACAAGAAACAAGUUGGCUACAUUAUGCAGGAGUACAAUGAUGCCCUUCAGAGAGCUGAAAGAUUGUCUGUUGCACGAGAAAACUUCCUCAUGGGAAAAAGCAAUCCUCCUAACUUAGUGACACAGGAAGAUCUGACUGUUUAUACAAAGUGGUUAGUGUGCCACCUGCAGUCUCUCAGGACUGUUCACCAGUACCUGCAGGCCCUUCAGUAUUUGCCCAUCUCCAAAGUGCUAAGUGUAGCUGUCAACCAAGUCGCUGAAGUUGGUCAGAAAAAUGAAAAGGUCUGUGUCAAUGACAUUGACCCUGAUGUUCAGGGUUCUGCGUCUCCUGACCCUGUGGAUACCAGCAUUUCUGGGCCAAUGAGAACAGAAGCUGCUUUUGUCCUCCCCCAACACACAACAGAAACAGGAGAACUGAAACCUCAGCUGAAGCUCCUGCUCUCCCAUUUCGAUAUCCCAUAUGACGUGGAAGAGCUAUGGGACUCUGCUAAGGAAAUGGAACUUUUUUCCUUGGUUUCCCAAAAAUUUCAAAGCAUCUUCAUGGAGCAACAGAGAUUGCAAACGUUUCCAGACUAUGAAGCUGGAAUAGCUAAAGCAGAUAAUUUGGGUUUGGCAGGACCCAGAAUGACCCUGAAAAAGAGAGCCAACUGGAUUUCCUUCAUAACGAUCAAGCCAAAAUGUGAUCCGUGGCAAAGGAAGCUUUUGACUAAAUUAAAAGAACGGAGAAGAACAGAUGCAUUAUUGCAACUCCAAGCAAAAUUUUUGAAGAUUUCCAACCCUGAGCGAGUAAUGAAGUGCUCCAAGAUCAUGCUGCAAAGAUAGUCAUGCUGGCUCCACAUCAUCCAUCCUUUGUGCCUUCCCAGGGUUUGCAUCAGUGCAACUAUGACCAAGUCUGGGAGAAUAUUUACAGCAACAUCAACCUCUGUCAG